AUGGCUGGCAUCCAUAAUGAAGAAGAUUACUUAGUGGACCCGGAUGAAGUUGAUCUUGGCUUGGAUUCAGUUUUCAUCGAAGCUGCACGGCCACCAUCGCUUGAAGCGACGUUCAGCAUCUUCCAAGGAUUGCAUAAGGAAUUCCGAAUCCGACUCGUAGGCUCACAUCCGCUUUGGGGACACCACCUAUGGAAUUCCGCGCUCUCGGUAGCUUCUUAUCUUGAACAACACCCAUCGCUCUUUCACAACAAGAACAUCCUAGAGCUGGGAGCUGGAGGAGCGUUGCCCAGUUUAGUUGCAGCGGAAUCUGGAGCUCGAAAGGUCGUGAUCACCGAUUACCCAGACCCGGAUCUCAUCCAGAAUAUCGAAUACAACGUCCAGGAGAACGUAGACGUGGCUAGGAAAGGGAACGUUGCGGUCCAAGGCUAUGUUUGGGGACACUCUAUACACCCUUUGCUCGCAUCGCUGCAAAACGAAUCUAACUCCAACGAAGAUCUGUUCGAUCUCAUCAUCCUCUCCGACUUGAUUUUUAACCAUUCACAGCACGAUGCCCUCUUCAAAACUUGCCGGCUCGCCCUCAAACCAUCACCAAAUGCGUCAAAAUUUCCCUUCAACGACGAAGCAAGCGAGGCCUCCUCACCGGCUUCCCUCCUCGAGCCAUCACUUCUGGUAUUCUACACGCAUCACCGACCACACCUCGCCCAUCGUGACAUGGAAUUCUUUGAGAAAGCGCGAGAUCAGGGAUGGAAUUGUGUCGAGCUCGUAACUCAAAAAUUUGACCCGAUGUUCCCUGAAGAUCCUGGAGAAGAGGAAGUCCGAGCGACGGUGCAUGGGUGGUUACUUACCCGAUCUUCGAGAUAA